CGUCUGGAUGUCUCUGUUUGGCUGGCUGGCUGCCUUCAGUGUUUUUGAGGUUGCCUGCGCGUGGCACCAAACAAACACCCAAUAUCAUGUACAGCAUCUAGCAUUGGCCAGGGGGCCACGUUGUUGACAGCUUGCCAUCUCUGAUUACUCUAGUUUGUUAUUGUGCCUGGUUAUGUGUUGCCAGGAUGCCAGGAUGGCGGACAUCCCUGCCCUGCCGGACAGCCUGGUGCUGGAGAUCUUCCUGCAUCUGCCCCACACUGCCGUGCUGAGUGCCAGCCUCGCCUGCCGUCAGUGGCUGGCCGUGUCCCGCGACGAGUUCCUGUGGAGGGAGCUCUUCUACAGCUACUACCGUAUCCCCCGCGCCGUUCCCAGGCACCCAGCGGCCGUGUCCUGGUACAGGGAGUUCAAGCGCCUGUACGACUGUAUUCCGUGUGUGGAGGUCCAGACACUGAGGGAACACCAUGACCAGGUGCUGCACCUGGCCUUCUCCCACCGCGGACAACGCUUCUCCUCCUGCUCCAAAGACUGCACUGUCAAGCUAUGGGAUACGGAGCGGUCAGACGGCACUAUCGCCCUGGUGCACAGCUCCAGUAUGCGCCAGUACAACUGGGGCUACACACAGUUCUCACAGUUCAACGCUGACGACACCCUGCUGCUGGUGUCGGGGGUCUACCUGGGCCCCCACCACUCCUCCUCGGGGGAGAUCGCCGUCAUAAGCCUGGAAAAUUACACACUUUUGUCCCGGGUGCGGAACAAGCCCUAUGAUGUUUUUGGCUGCUGGCUGAACGAGACGCAUCUGAUCUCUGGAAAUCUACACUGGAUAGGAAACCUGACCUCCUGCUCCGUCCUCUGGCUCAACAAGGCCUUCCAGGAUGUGGAGUCGGAGAACGUGAACGUGGUGAAGCGCCUCUUCAAGAUCCAGAACAUCAACGCCAGCACCAUCCGCACCGUCAUGGUGGCCCACUGCCGGCGGCACGACACGCCCGACCUCCUGCUGGACUACGAGGCGCAGUCGCAGGCGCGCCGCAGCCAGGCCCAGGCCGGAGGCCAGCCGGCGCAACACCACCAGCCCAUGCUGUUCGACCUGGGAACCACCGACAGCGAGGAGGAGGACGAGGAGGGGUUCGAGGAGCUGGAGCUGGAGCCGCAGGUGGCUCACCUGCCCCAGGCAGCCAAGUACGGCCCGCUGGACCACGUCAUCCAGGGCCGAUGUGGUGUGGUGGAGGAGCGUGAGCUGGAGACGAGGAUAGCCAUGUUGAUGGGUAAGAACCACACCAAGACCGCGGACCCCUCCUCCCUGCUCUCUACCAGUGGGGGCGGAGACACAGAGGACAAGACCUACCUGCUCUUCACCACCGGCAGCCUUACCUACUCCCCACAUCAGAUAGGCAUCAAGCGCAUCAUGCCCGAUCAGAUGACGACAUGUGGGCCCGUGCUGGGAGAGGAGCGCAGCACCGACGAGUUCUUUGACUCUCUGGACCACGUCAUCGACAUCCACGGCCACAUCAUUGGCAUGGGGCUGUCCCCCGACCACAGGUACCUGUAUGUGAACAGCAGGGCGUGGCCGGCGGGCUGCAAGAUCUCGGACCCCAUGUCGCCACCGCCCAUCGCCGAGGAGAUCGACCUGCACGUCAUCGACCUGAAGAGCCUGCGCGAGGAGAGGCGGAGCCUCCGGGCCCACCGCGCCUUCACGCCCAACGACGAGUGCUUCUUCAUCUUCCUCGACGUCAGCCGAGACUUUGUCGCCAGCGGUGCGGAGGAUAAGCACGGCUACAUCUGGGACCGGCACUACAACAUCUGCCUGGCCAAGCUGGCGCACACGGACGUGGUGAACUCAGUGGCCUUCAGCCCCGCCGACCAGGAGCUGCUGCUGUCGGCCAGCGACGACUCCACCAUCAAGGUGUGGCGCUCGCCCCGCAUGGUACGCCUGGCCGCCGCCCCACCACGCGCCUCCCGCACCGGCCGCAACCUGCUCGCCUCGCUGCUCGGCCGCCGCAGCAACCACAACAACAACAGCGCGCCCCCCAACCUCAACGGACGUCCCUGACGACCAGGCAAGACGAGAUGCGCCCGUCCUGUCUCCCAUCCCGGCCUGAGAGGGUGGAGGGGUGGAGUGGAGAUUUAGCCCUCGCGUUACAGGACAAGGUGGGGAGAACAUCACCACCACCAUCUAUCGCGGGGAUUUGUUUGGUUCCAUAUGGCUGCCUUUAAACCCACCAAUACCCCACCCUUCCUGGCCCUUCCCUUCCCUUCCCAGCUUCCUCUGUCAACAUCUAUGGGCACGUUCUUGACCACACAUUCUGUGCAAAUCUGUGCAGAAAGUCCUGACCAGAAUGCAUUAUGAAUUGCAUUGUGGGCAGUGCAUUGUAUCAUGGACGAAGUGAAUGCCUCCCCACCCCAAUUCUCUCUCAAAAGGCUCAUGGGAACUUGAAGGGUCACGCAAUCUUGAACUGAAGUUACUGGUGCGGGGGCCAACCAGGGGGUGGACAGGAGACAUCAGUCGAAGCAACGUUGACCUAAAAAUAAGCAAUCCCACUGGGCUCCCUGCUAAGGAAAACGGGCCUCCAUCCAGGGAUGCUUUUACCCGACGGAAGGACGUUCUCAUGGAGUGUUCCUCAUGGAAGUACGUUCUCGUGCAAAAAGAGCAUGAUUUCAGAAGUACGAUGUCAUGGAUGUUGCGUUUCCUCCGUUUUUUUUUUUUCUCUAUCUUUUUUAAAAAUAUGCUGUCAGGAAAGGAUGAAUCAGGUGCUCUGUCCAAACGGCAGAUCAAGUUUCCAGGCGUGAAGAGGAGGGGAGAGAUGAGAUGAUAAACGUAUGCAAAGGAGGAGCGAAAUGGUAACAAAGAUGAAGAAAAAGCCUGGAUGGAGGCUGAACACGUGUGCCGAAUCACUUAGUGUGUCUUCACGUCUGCAGGUUUGAAGCCCCCCCCCUUCACUACUAUCCAGCCAUCCAGUGUUGACCUCCAAUUAACACGUGCACGUGUGCAUGAAUGUACAUGACAACUGUUACUCCUUCAGGUUUGGUUUGGUUUUGUGGGCUAUUGUCCCUUUUUUUUGUUUGUUUGUUUGUUUCAUUUGUUUCUUAUUCUGCAAUUUGUGUGAGCAAAAGGAAACCACACACAGGUCUCAGGAGAGGGGAAAAGGCCAGGAUACAAUAUAGGUGUAGCAUCAUAGACUACCGAGUUUUAAAUGUCUUAGCUGAAAGGUACAAGAAUCUACAUGACCCCCAACAAGAACAAGCUACAAGAAGCUGCUCAACCCUACAAGAGUAAAGGCUCCAAUUAUCUACAACAAUCCCUUUACCUCUGAUUUCUCUUCUGAAAUCUACAAAAAAAUUCUACUUGAUCCUACAGCAUCAGUAAGCUUCAAGUGACACAAAUCUACUGAACCUCACACGAGUAAGCUUACUUCUUUCAGUUUCCCCUUCACAUUUGCUAUGCCUCAAAGUUCUCAAAACAAGUUCUCAGCAACAGCAUUCAUUAGUUUUACAAUCCCAGUGCCUCAUAUUCCAAGUAUUACCUAUCCAAUUCAGCCAAGUGAUAGCCUAGUUAAAGGGUCACUUGCUUGAAUUGGACAGGCAAAAACAGGCCAUUUUGGAUCAUGUGGCACUGGAUUGUUAAGUAAUGAGACCAUGUUGCCCAUCACUGUUGGGAUAAAAGCUCACUGGUUUCAGUUUUGAUUUUACUCAGUGGAAAACACAAUCCAUGGGCUGUGUUCUCUCUGAAAGCAAUCUUUUGAUGUCUUGGCCUUUAUGUUUCAUUGUGUGGACAGCAGAAAAACUAGCCACAGGCCACAGUGAGUGGUACACUGUUUUCUUGUCAUUAUAAUUUAUUUGUGUCUCUCUGCGAACAAGUUUACGCCUCAAAAACAUUUGACAAAAGGCUUAAUUUUUUCAAUUUCUCUCUCAUGCUAAUGUUUAUCAUUUCUCAGUGAACGGUAAAUGAUCAACCCAUCUGUUAUCUCUCGGAAAACAAUCUUGCUUGUUUCAGUUUUAACUUUUUGACUUUUACUUUGCAUCAUUGUUUGCCUGAAUAGACAGUAUAAAAGCUACAAACUCGUACUGUGACUGAGCAUUACUGUGUCAUUAACACUAUUCUCUUAAUUGCUAAGUCUGUACUUUCCAACCCCAGUCUUGUUCUUGUACUGAAAAGCCCCCUACCCAUCAUUUAGACGUAGCCCAGGGUAGUGAAAUGGUCCUGUUUUUUUAUUUUUUAAAAAUAAUAAUUAAAGAGCAUGCUGUUAUUCCCUUGCUAUGUACAAUGGAGGCUUUUUUGGACAUUGUGACCUCUGACUUCAAUUAUUGCUAAUUUCUGUAAUUUUAAACAAAAAUAAUCCACAUGUUUAAACUUGCACAAAAGUGCAUAGAUUUUUGUCCUUUAAAAAAAAGGAAAAAGAAUGCUGGUGUUUACAAUUUCACCUUCCCCUGUCAUUGGCUAGAUGUUUUGUAACAGAAUAAACGUUUAAAGAGAAUGAAAGAAAAUAAAUAGAGAGGUAAACUUGACUGAAAUAGCUGGGUUGUGAUUGGCACUUGUGUAGUGUGUAUCCUGUUGGUUCAUGUUGUUGCGGAGGAGUUUGUGGCUGACAGUGCAAUUAUACAAUUAAAAAUGGACCUCUUCAUUAUCCCUUAAUUGAUUGAGCCAUGAUCUUUCUCCUCUGUGCUUUUUAGUGAUUUCACUCUUUUGUUUGUUUCCUUUGUUUUUCCUUUUUGUGUUCUUCUGUAGCAUGUCUGUGGCCAUGUUUCAAAAUGAAACGCUCACUCGUUCACUACACAAGUCACAGUAAAACCCUAUGUGUGGAAUACGGAUAUGUGUGGAAUGUUUGUCACAUUCUAACCAGUGACUAUACUUGUUGAUGGUUAGAAUGAAUGAACAGAAAUGUGUAUGUGCAUAGUCUACCAAACAUAGGGUAUGAAUGGUCCUAUAAGUUGUGAGUCGUAUUGGUUUGCUUCUUCCAUGGGGCAGGACGUCUAGUGAAAGAGUGAGCAUUUCAGAUUCAGGCCUGUUAUUAAUGUCUUGCACAGAGCCCUCCCUGCUGACCUGCAUCAUCUUCUCCAUCACUGUCCAGCAAACGGAGAGAGAGAGGCCUGUAUGGUGUUGGAAAUCUUUUUGGAAAAAAAUAAACUUUUGACUUUUAUCUCA